CAUGAGGUCUAUGCCGACGACGAUCUGGUGUCAGUGUCCAGCUAUGCGGUCCUCGAUGGCGCAGCAGCGCAGCGUAUCGAGCAGCAGCUGGCAAUAUGCUUCAUCGUCGUCAAUGACCCCUGGACUCGUUCACGCGAAUCGGCAUACACUCCGUCUUUUGCACCGUUCCUUGCGAUCUCCAAGCCGGCAACGGACCUUUAUGUCAAGUGCGCAUCGUUCUGAAGCACACGGAAGCUCAUCAGGCCCUCGUCCGUCCAAAGAGGGCUUCACGACUCGGUUGAGAGAGCGAUUGAGACACUCGCCCGUCGUGUGGGGACCUAUCCCUAUCGGAGUCGGCAUUGCGCUGCUCGGCUUCAUCACCUUCAACAGACAGCGAAAGCGCACGCAAGCAGAAGAAGCUGAUGAGCGCAUCAAAGUCAAAGGGCCCUGGUCUGUGCAAGUCCUGGGAGCGCUACCCCUCAGGACAAUAUCGCGCAUCUAUGGCGCACUCAACUCGUACACCCUGCCUGAAUGGUUUCGAGUGCCUGGCUACAAGCUGUAUGGCUACAUCUUUGGCGUCAAUUUUGACGAAUGCGAAGUCGACGAUCUGAAGCAUUACAGGUCGCUGAGCGAAUUUUUCAUGCGGAGGCUGAAGCCAGGCGCGCGUGUAGCCGAGGAUGGCGUGCUGAUAAGUCCAGCUGAUGGCAAAGUUGUCAAUUUUGGCUACAUCGAAAACAGACGGGUCGAGCAAGUCAAGGGUGUCACCUACUCGCUCGACGCGCUACUGUCCGGCGUCGGCCCAGAGCAGAAGAAGCAGGGCGUGCUGUCGAAGCCUUCCGUACCUCCCACAGACCAAACCCAGCCACCCACUGGCAAGCAUGCCAGCUCGACGGACGAGGAAGAAUUUGCAGACAUCAAUGGCUUGCAAUACUCUGUAGACGACCUGAUAGGCGACGAAGACGACACGACCUCUUCUCACGAUUCACGAGUGGGCUCUCCGCCCGUAGAUGCAGACACACGACCCAACAGAUCCACACGAUAUGAAAAGACUACCCCUGUCGACGCUUCUGUUGAUGACUCUGAACGAUCGGCGAGGGGCGACUCCGAUCGCACGCUCGUCACUGACGCACAAGUUGCCCUCUCGCUUGCCAAAUCGCCAGACAUGCCAUGGACGGUCAAAGGUGUGCCCAGGCCGGGUAACAAGAUGUUCUUCGCGGUCGUCUACCUCGCGCCGGGGGACUAUCAUCGCUUCCAUUCGCCCACAGCUUGGGUCGUUGAGCGGAGACGUCAUUUCGGUGGCGAGCUGUUCUCGGUGUCGCCCUGGAUGGCAAAGCGGCUGCAAGAUCUGUUCGUACUCAAUGAGCGCGUCGCUUUGCUGGGGAGAUGGCGAUACGGCUUCUUCUCGAUGGUCCCCGUCGGUGCGACGAAUGUCGGCUCUGUCACACUCAACUUUGACAAGGAAUUGCGGACUAAUGCGCCACAACGACCUGCGCGGCCGGGCACAUUUGCAGAAGCAACGUACGCAAAAGCAUCAGCAUUGCUCAACGGUCAGCCUUUGAGAGCGAUGGAGGAGAUGGGCGGCUUCUGGCUCGGCAGUACGAUCGUGCUCGUCUUUGAAGCGCCCGAGGACUUUCAAUUCGUCGUCCAGCACGAUCAAAAGGUCAAAGUUGGCCAGCUUCUUGGUGACACCAAGGCGCACUUGCAGAAGAAAGGCUUGCACAAGUCGAGCUGACACGACCCUGAUCAACGAAUGGAAUGCACUUUGCUUGUCGCGACGCGCUUGUGCCUGAUCUAUGAGGCGGUCAACGACACCGAUGAGGUAGGCGUGGCUCGUCAUGUCGCAGCCAGUCGCAAGCGGUAGCAGGCUGCGACUGCCCGCAGACAGAGCUAUAGAUACGCUGCAAGCUCAGUCUGCAGAAGCGUGGC